AUGGAAGUGAUCCAUGAGUUUGGGAGAGUCUCAGGCUACAAAGUGACCAGGGGUUUAAUUUGGGCCCACAGCCAGGUCAACAGGGGUCUCAGUGGGGCCCACAGCCAGGUGGCCCACACCCAGGUGGGCAGGGGUCUCAGUGGGGCCCACAGCCAGGUGGCCCACAGCCAUGUGGCCCACUGCCAGGUGGCCCGGGAUGUAAUUUGGGCCCACAGCCAUGUGGCCCACUGCCAGGUGGCCCGGGAUGUAAUUUGGGCCCACUGCCAGGUGGCCCGGGAUGUAAUUUGGGCCCACAGCCAUGUGGCCCACUGCCAGGUGGCCCGGGAUAUAAUUUGGGCCCACAGCCAGGUGGCCCACUGCCAGGUGGCCAGGGGUCUCAGUGGGGUCCAGGGCCUGAGGGAGGCCAAGGAAAGGAGGGGCACUGCAAGGGAGAUGGUCACCAUGGAGGUUCUGACAGUCACAGGAGAUGUGGCCCCGAUCGCCACGGCAGCCCCGGUAGGAACAGCGGCAGCAGCGGCAGUGACAGCGAUGGUGAGGGCGGUCAUGGAAAACAUGGGCACAAACACAGGCAUCGUCGAGGGAGCGGUGGUGGAAGCCCCGGUCGUGGUCGCGGUCAUGGCCGUGGUCGCGGUCACGGUCAUGGUCAUGGACACUGAACACAGGCAGCACACCCAGUGAUCAGCAGAGGGCUCUCAUCUUUGAAAGAAGCCUAAAUAGAGAAAGUAUUUUGCUCUGUACUGACUCUGAGCUCCCACAGCCUCUGAAAUCCAGCCGAACAAGCUGAGUGAGCGAAGGGCUGCAGGAAUUUAACUGCCUCAAAUCUUAUUAUGGUGAUCUCUGCAUUUACAUGGAAAAGGGUUCUGAAAAUAAAAGGGCUGAUAUAUUA